CCUGCGCGGCGAGCCCGGCCGCAGUUCCCCGCCGGAGGGGAGGUGCACGGAGACUGAGGUGCACGGCAGAGCGCGAUGGCCUCGUGGGGCGAGCGGCUGGAGGGCGUGCGCGGGGUGCUGCUCGACAUCUCGGGCGUGCUGUACGAUGGCAGUGAGGACGGCGGCGUGCCGAUCCCUGGCUCCGUGGAGGCGGUAGCGAGACUGAAGCGGUCACAGCUGAAGGUGAGGUUCUGCACCAACGACUCGCAGAAGUCCCGGGGAGACCUGGUGGGGCUGCUUCGGCGCCACGGCUUCGACAUCUCCGAGGGCGAGGUGACUGCCCCCGCCCCAGCUGCCUCUCUGAUCCUGAAGGAGCGAGGCCUUCGGCCACACCUGCUUAUCCACGAUGGAGUCCGCUCAGAAUUUGAUCAGAUUGACACCUCCAACCCCAACUGCGUGGUCAUUGCAGAUGCUGGAGAAAGCUUUUCUUACCAAAACAUGAAUAAGGCUUUCCGGGUGCUCAUGGAGCUGGAAAGUCCUGUGCUCAUCUCUCUGGGAAAAGGACGCUACUACAAGGAGACCUCGGGCCUGAUGCUGGACGUUGGUGCCUACAUGAAGGCGCUCGAGUACGCCUGUGGAAUCGAGGCUGAAGUGGUGGGGAAACCUUCUCCUGAGUAUUUCCAGUCGGCCCUGAAGGAGAUGGGGGUGGAAGCCCACGAGGCCAUCAUGAUUGGAGACGAUAUCGUGGGAGAUGUUGGCGGUGCCCAGCGGUGCGGAAUGAGGGCCCUGCAGGUGCGGACGGGAAAGUUCAGUCCUCUGUCCCCCUGUGCUGUCCCCCCUGCGGUUGCUGGAGCUGGCGGAUGUCUCCCAGGGCCCACCGCUAACCAGGAGCUGACCCAGACGCCUCUCAGUCUGGCCGGAGGUCGACUGGUACAUCAGUAACCCCCAGAGGCAGGAUAUGUCCUGCGUGGCCCAGUGAUGAGCGGCAUCCAGACGUGAAGGCUGAUGGAUACGUGGACAACCUGGCAGAGGCCGUGGACCUGCUUCUGCAGCACACGGACAAGUGACGAGCCUCGUCGGGCGGCCCCCCUGGUGCCACCCCUCCCCUGGGCCCGGGCCCCAGGGUGCAGGCCAGGCUUGCUUCCCCCAACCUCCCAUGGAGCUGUUCCUCCGGGGAUGGCCUGCUGCCCGCCCCCACACCCCCACCCGGUGAAGUCAGACAGUGGGACAGACCCGUCUGGGCGUCUCCAAACAAGGAGAACCCUUGUCUCUGGGAACGCUCUCUUGCCGCACCCAGUCCUAUGAGUGUCCCAGCUGACUGGCCUGAGGGACCUUGACUCCUUGGCCCUCUGUCACACGUUCUGUGCAUUUGACGGAGGGGCCUGGAGAAGGCGGGGGCUUCCUGCACCUUCCAUGCAGCCUGGGGCUGAAGCAGCCUCCCUGGGAUGGCCCAGCAUCCCCAGCUGGCCUCCUUGCCCCUACCCGGAGUCCGAGUGGCCCCUUGGCACCCCUUCCCCCUCCUACCCCAAAAGGCACCUUGGAGCCCGAGGCUGGGCAGCUCCGCGGGGACCCUGAAGACCGCCAUCCUACAAUCAAGAACUAUAACCUCGUGGGUCAAGGCUGUGGGCCCAGAGGGUGGUCCAGGGCCCUAACUCGGUAGACGUGAAUGUGUCUUGCCCAGCAUCUGCCGGGGCAGCUACUGGUUAAAUAAACUGUCCUGACCC